AUGGUUAAUCUAACAGAUGAAAGUCGUGCAUUUCAUUACGGAGUAUACUCUAUCGUAUUCCAAAUCCCACCAGCAAAAGUCACCACAUAUGACAAGCCAGGAAAUUCACGACAAGUUGGAACGUCUUUAAAACACUGCAACGUGAUCUUUCAAGACUUGAACAGAGGAUUUGAUCCCAGUGAAGAAGAAUACCUCGACAUUAAUUCGCUCCCGUGGUGGCGAGUGCUCCUGAGUUCUGGCAAAAUCUCACCGCGAGAAGAUUCACAAGGUCAAUUUGUUCAAGCAGAUAAAUUGAGAGAAGAAAAUGUAGUCGUUUCGCCAGCACACAAGGUUGAUUUAGAAGAGUAUGGGUGGUUUCCCGAAGACGUCAAUCUAUGA